AUGGGUAAUCCACUUGGUUCCCACUCAGGAAUUCAUAAGAUGGGAUGUGUAUAUUAUACAGUCCCCUCUCUACCACCAGAAUAUCUUUCAUCAUUGGAUAAUAUUUUUGUUGGUUAUUUAUUUCAUUCCCAAGAUCGAGGAACUUUUAAAAUAAAUAAUAAUGAUAUGUAUAAGGCUCUUAUUAAAGAGUUGAUAGAUUUAGAAACAAAUGGCAUUUCUAUAACUGUAAAUUUGAAAACCUAUCAAAUUUAUUUUGCUCUUGGAUUAGUCCUAGGUGAUAAUUUAGGACUAAAUUCAAUUCUUGGAUUUGUUGAGAGUUUUUCAGCCAAUCACUACUGCCGAAUUUGCCGUUCUCCAAAAUCGGAUAUGCAAAAAAUGAUUUAUGAAUCCUCUGAGAUUCUUAGAAAUGAAAUAAAUUAUGAUACAGAUAUUAAUUUGGCUGAUAGUUCACAAACCGGUUUAAAUGAAUAUUGUAUAUUUAACAACGUUCCCAGCUUCCAUGUAACAAGAAAUUCAGUUAGUGAUUUUAUGCUUGAUAUCACAGAAGGGGUCGCUCGUUAUGAUAUGGCUUUCAUCAUAAAAAAUCUAAUUGAUUUAAAAUAUAUAACUCUUGAGAUCAUGAAUAGUCGAAUAGAAUUUUUUAAUUAUGGUGUAACUGAAAAUAAAAAUUCUCCACCAAAAAUAAGUUCUACUAACAUAACCAAUGGAUAUAUAAUCAUGUCUUCUUCAGAAAUGCUGUGUUUAGUGAGGUACUUUGGUCUUAUUAUUGGUGAGUUAGUGCCUAAAAAGACUGAAGUUUGGCGUUUAUAUAUUUUACUACGUAAAAUAGUGGAUAUGUGUACUGCUCGACAAAUACAACCAGAGUGUUCAGUUCAGUUACAAGCAUUAGUAGCUGAACAUAAUCGAUUAUAUUUGUCAAUAUCUAAAGGUACCCUUAAACCCAAAUAUCAUUUUCUGGUACAUUAUGGCCAACUGCUUCUUAAAAAUGGACCGCUUAUUUUAACUUCUUCAAUUAGAUUUGAAGCAAAACAUAAAACAGUAAAAGCAAUUGCAAAUGCUGUAUCUAAUCGAAUUAAUUUAGGUCAUACAUUAUCUAAUAAAAUACAAUUGCAAAUGAUCAGUCGCUUUUUAUCUAAUUCAGGUUUAAAACUAGACUUAAAUUAUUCAUCUGGUUCCAAUGUAGUAUCACCUUUUAUUGAGUUUCCAUCAAAUAUAAUUUUCAAUCUACCACCAGAAUUCAAAUGUAAUUCAUUCUCUCCAGUUUGGUUGGAAUAUAAAGGUUUGAUGUAUAAAAAAGAUAUGCUUUUAGUUUUAGAAAUAAAUUCUGCUGCUGGAGGCUGUUUAUUUGGGGAAAUCUAUAAAAUGUUGGUCAAUGAAACCAGAGUUCCUUAUUUUAUAAUAAAGCCAAUGUUGACUGUUGGUUUUGAUGAACAUUUUUGUGCCUAUGAAAUAAAAAAUAAUUUAAACUCAAAACUGAUUGGGUGUUAUAUGUAUGAAUUACCUGAUACAACGCCAACUAUUGCCAGAGUUCUAGGCAAUGGUAAACUUUAUGCCUCAUUGAGGUCAGGUGCAUAA